AUGGCACACCCGCUAGAAAGGGCGCUUGUGCGCCUGUACGAAAGCUUCGCGGAAUCUUCGAUAUACAACAUUAACUACCUUCGUGCCAAUUCAGUCAAGGACAUCGCUGAAAGCCUCAUGGGGAAGCUUAAACAUAAGCUGAAGAAAAGGAGCGAUAUGAUCAGCGUUCAGGUAGAAGAGAUACAAGAAGAAAGCCGCAUAGCAGCGCAAGAAGCAGCUAAGAUACGAUAUGAGACCAUAGAAAGGUUGCUCAAUGCGCCACUGGAUGGCUUUUUUAGAGUCAAGCCAGGCAAACAUGUCCCGCAUUCCAAGAACCAAGGUUUUGUGGGACGUAAGCACGAGCUCAAGGAGCUACGGACAUACCUUGUGCAGGCCCCUAAAAAUGCAGCACGGCUGUCCCCAGCAGCCAACGCUCACCCUAACCCAUUCCUAUUGGAUGCUAGAGCUGUUGUGGUGCAUGGCCUUGGAGGCCAAGGGAAGUCAGAGCUCGCGCUACACUUUGCAUAUGACACCUUCGCCAACUUUGAGUCCAUCCUUUGGGUUGCAGCAGAGACACAACAGAAGAACCAGACAUCUUUUUCAGAAGCCGCACGUACCUUGAGUAUGCCCUUGACACGGUCAAAUUCAACUGCCGAUGCAACUAAGGUGAGUGGUGAUGUUCUCCAAUGGCUCCGAACAACGCAGUCUUCAUGGCUGGUGAUUUUCGACAAUGCACCCGACGAAGACUAUACAUUCUUGCAGAAAGACUAUUGGCCUCAAGGCGCUUUCGGUUCCAUCCUGAUAACGACUCAUACGGUCUUCUUGGAACGAGAAUUUAGCAUCCCACACCACAUACCUCUAGGGCCAUUGGACGAUGAUGCAUCCGUUCAGAUGCUGCUUGGGCGCUUACCGGAGCGCAUGUCGCCACAAGCUCAAGAUACUGCUAGGAAAUUAGCCAAUCGUCUCGGUCAUUCCCCACUUGCUCUGAGCCAGAUGUCAGUGGACCGUGCCAAAGCUAUACUCAAGAUACAUCGCGUGCUCCAGGAUUCUUCAAUGACCAAAUUAGAUGAUAAGCUAAAGAUUGAUGCUUUCGUCAGAAUCGUCACGACUAUACAGCUUCUGCAUCGUGACUUCCCGACCAAGAGCCUUGCGCAAACGAAAGGCUUCGAUGAGAUUCGAAAGCUAGGCGAUCAAUUCUACCCCUAUGUACUCACAGCCCUUAGCAGAUACAGGGAUCAUAAGCUCAGCAUAGCGCCAUCCCCAGAGCUCUAUGACCUACUCGAGCAUGUCUUCUGGUAUCUACAUCACCGUGGCCUUUCCAAAACAGCCGAACCGUACUUCGAGAUCGCGCGGAUUAUUUACAGCGAAGAACGAGAUGCCAACCUGACGAAGCUCGCAUUCCUCGAAGGCACGCUCGGGACGAUACAUCGUAAGUCAGACGACGCAGCGGGUGCUGUCACCCAUUUUAGUGAAGAGAUCAGACUAUAUGAAGAAGCAGUUCAUAGCGGCAUCAGCGAGGCCCACGACGAAAAAGUCGCCAUCGCCUACGAGCACAUGGCGGUAGCAACGCAUCAACUCAUUCACUAUGAUGAAGCGUUUACUUGGCACGACAAGAACCUUCAAAUCUUGCUUGAAUACUACAAGAAAGAUGUUAUCAACCUCGCUAUCGCCUUUGUGAACAAGUGUUGGGCCUUGUGGAAGACCGGCCAACUGGACGAAGCGGAGCAGACGCUAGACUGGGUGUUGGCGACAUCGCAAACUGCACUGGACAUGAACAACCAGGACUUCCAAGCAUGUCGAGCGCUGACUUUGGGCAAUCGAAACUUCGCUUUGCGAGUACUCGGAAAUGUGUAUCUCGCCCAGCAGCUAUGGGAGGACGCAUUUGAUACCCACAAAUUGGCAUUUCACUUCCAAAUACAGACAUGGAGUGAUAAGCACUUCGAGACAGACGUUCUGGCUCACCGUAUGGGUUGCCACUAUGAGCGGAGAGGCAAGACCGACAAGGCUAUUGAGCGUCUUCGCGCCGCAUUAACCAUCUUCGAGAUGACUCAUGUUCCCAUGGAGUCGCACAUCAUUCGGACGCGGUAUAAACUUGGCUCUGUGCUCGUGCUCUACGGUGACCCGCUUGAAGGCGAAAAGCUGAUGGAGCAGGCGAGGCAUGGCAGACAAACAUUGAGGGGUAUUGCUCCCGACAAGGAUGAUAUCAUGGACGCAUAUGAUACUUUGGUCCCUUAUUGGACUUGGUGA